UUCUGUCUUACGGAAAGGCUGAGACAAUGGAUGACUUCGUGGUCUACACAGACGUGAAGUUUACCAAGGAUGAGGAGCAAAUUAAGCCUAGAAAGAUGGUUUUCAACACUCUCAAAUCACAUUCUUUAUCCAAAGUAACCUGGAUCCUUGUCUUUGCUGUACUUAUUCUAUUCAUCGUUGUUGUUGGAAUGACUAUUGAAGUUGUCAGGUUGCGUAAGGGAAGUAGAUGCAGUGGGCUGUCACCUCAGCCUGAUCGGAAUGGUUGUGACCUGCCCUCCAAUGGACAGCCAGGAAUGACUGCUCUUGGAGAAAUCCUGUGCAGCUGCGCUUCCUCUUCAGGACCUCCAUGCCCCUUUGGCUGGUUACUACAUAAGGGCCAGUGCUACCAGUUCUCCAGAGAAGAGCAGGACAGACAGUCUGCUCUUAGAUCCUGUUCCAGCAACUACUUUCAGCUGGCUGACACAGAGGAUCCGGGCACUCUGAAUUUCUUGCGACAACACAUGGGGAACACUUUCUACUGGAUUGGCUUAAAUAAAACGGAUCAUGAUUCGAGAUGGUUAUGGACUGGAGGCAGGCCAUUGAACAGAACGUACUACUUCAAUAAUACUGACCACCAUAACAAAAACUGUGCAGAGGUAUCCAUAGACAAAAUUUAUGCAGAAUCAUGCACUUUGAAAAAACGAUAUAUCUGUGAGAAGAAAGCCCAUUGUUAACUUGAUCUCUCCAAGAUGAAAUUUAUUGGAACUGCAUUGACCCAAAAAAAUUGUACUAAAAUUGUAUUUUUGCAAUUUGUUAUUCAUUCUAUUAGAACUUCCUUAUUUUCCUUAUGCUCUAUUUUCAAACAAAAUGACUGUGACUUUGUUUAGAGUUUUGUGUGUCAUUAAAAACCAAGUUGAGUAUUUCAGGGUGGAGAGAAUAUGUUGUUUUGUAAGGGGUUUAUGUCACAGUGUGUUUGACUGUCGUUGUCUCGUGGGCUUCCUCUCGGUACUGAGGACUCCAGGAUCCACGUGUGGUCCAAAAACAUCGGGGGGUGGGUUGAUCAUUGGAGUCAUCACACUGCCCAUAGUGUGUGAGUGAACAUGUGUGUCACCUGCAAUGGACUGGCAUUCAGUCCAUGGUAUCCAUAAAGGCUGCAGCUAUCCAUUGUCUCAUGUUUUUUUGAUUAGUUACCAUGUAUCACACAAGCAGUGGAAAAUACAAUUUGAAUGGAUGGAUGGAUGGAUGGAUGGAUGGAUGGAUGGAUGGAUCUGAGAGAGCACACCAUGUCCUCACACUGCAGAAGGGUUCGAGAAGGGAAGAUGGAUGGCUGGAAUUAGAGGAACAUACUGAAUUGCAUACACACCUGUGUAUUAUUACAUAUUUUUUUGUUAACCACAGAGGCCGUCUUGCUCCAAUUACCUUGUUUCACACCACUGCUGAGUGCCACCAUCUCGUAGACUGUCCUAGAGAGUUUAUUGUAGGUCUUAUUUUGCUCUGCCACAAUUACCAUGUCAGAGAAAUGAGGACUAAACUACCCCCAGGGAUAUUAUUUUGUUGCGUUCGUUUCACAACACUUCCUACAUUUACAUAAUUGCAUAGCUUGUGUACAACAGUAUUAUUAGCCAAAAUAAACUCUUCUAGUCCACAAAUAAACAAGAAAAACCCUGGGUAACACUUUACUUAAAGCACUCAUGUAUAAUGCAUUAUAUAUACUUUCAUAAUGCUUUACAUUACAUUCAUAAAGUAUUAUAGCCACAGCUACUGUAUAACUACUUAUACAAAAGC